GCUUUCUCGGGCCACCAAACCUGACGCCAGGGGCCGGAACUACAGUUCCCACCUUGCAGCAAGGCAGGAGGAAGAAGGGCACCGAGAGCUGCGAAGGAAACCAGGAGCAAAAGCAAACACUACCUGCUCGCUUGCCAGCAAGGUGAGGCAGGGGACAGGAAGCCAGAGCCAUGCAGUUCUCCAGCUCAGCCAGAGCAGCAGAUGAGAAUGUAGACUACUUGUUCAAGGUCAUCCUCAUUGGAGAUUCCAAUGUGGGGAAGACGUGUGUGGUACAGCAUUUCAAAUCUGGAGUCUACAUCGAGUCCCAGCAGAAUACCAUUGGGGUGGACUUCACGGUGCGCUCCCUCGAGAUAGACGGCAAGAAAGUGAAGAUGCAGGUGUGGGACACUGCGGGCCAGGAGCGCUUCCGUACCAUCACCCAAAGCUACUACCGAAGUGCCCAUGCAGCGAUCAUCGCCUAUGACCUCACGCGGCGGUCCACAUUCGAGUCUGUCCCUCACUGGAUUCAUGAGAUCGAAAAAUAUGGAGCAGCUAACUUGGUCAUCAUGCUGAUCGGGAACAAAUCGGACCUGUGGCAGAGGCGGCAUGUCCUGUUUGAAGAUGCCUGCACACUGGCUGAAAAGUAUGGCCUCCUGGCUGUCUUGGAGACAUCUGCCAAGGAGUCCAGGAACAUAGAUGAAGUCUUCGUGCUCAUGGCAAAGGAGUUAAUUGCUCGCAACAGCCUGCACCUGUACGGGGAGACCAUCCAGCAAGGUCUCUCCCAGGAUUCCAGCCCAAUAUUUGUGGCCCAGGGCCCCAGCGAGAGCACCCGCUGUACUUGCUGAACAUGUGUGGGAGGCCAGC